AUGUCUUCGAACAUGCCGGGGUACUUCCCCUCGGAUAGAUCAACAACACCUAUUGCUGGAGCGAGCUCUGGACCGGAAAUGGUGGAGUUAAUGAAUACUGAGAGAUUCAUGGUUAAGAACAAGUGCAUGCAAAAGAAUAGGAAUCAACGUAAUUUGAUUCUUCAACUAGACAUGGUAGUAUAUAUAUUGGUAGCAUACCAGUUGAUACGGCAUUGCUAUAGUGCUGCCAUGAUCCCGGUGAUACUUCAUAUAGGUACUCAGAAAUUCCUUAGUGUGGAGACUAUUGUGGAAGCCAAUCAUGGUAGCCGACAAGGGAGUAGCAGUGCAGGCACUGUAGGGAUGAUACCGGUGAUCAAUGACAUGAUUGAACGUCUGUCGGUCCCAGAAGAGACGUCGACAGUGUUGGCGAAGGAGAUUAGAAGCCAACGCAUGCUCACUACGGUGACGAGAAUAUGUGUUUGGAUCUACUGGAAAACUAUUAUUGUAAGCAUAUAUCAUAUUGUAUUCGUUCAAUAUUGGCUUAUGCCUUUUGCCAUGAGGGAUGAGUUGGCACUCUUACAAUACGGUACUUGGUGGUUUAUAUCAUUUGUAGGUGAAACCCCACCAACCGGUAUCAAUAAGUUGGAGAGCAAUUGGGAACGCCUUCUGGCCUUGGGAUUACCGGGUCUUAUUUUAACCAAUCUUUUAAUUUUAUUUGUGCAAUUGGUGAUCUUCCAGAGUACUUAUAUUCAGUCGACAGUGUCACCGUUAGGUCGACGAUUACAUGAAAAGGAGAUUGAAAUAUUACGUGUGGUUGGAGAUUCUCUGGGAGGAAGGGGUAGAGAAGAGAGUGCCGAUAUCGAACUUGAGGUGCCUACUGUUUUACUGGUGAGACUUUACGAGGUGUUUCGAUGGGACGUCAUCACCCUGAUAUAG